GGGCCCACCUGCGCCGAGAGGGCGGGAUGCCGCGGCCAGGUGCGCGGGCGCUCUGACGACCCCCGCCCCGCGCCGCGCCCCUCCCCGCGCGCGCGCCGACGCUCCCCGGCCGGGCUGCGGCGGGGCUCGGAGCGGCCGCGAUGGCCAGUACCCGGAGCAUCGAGCUGGAGCACUUCGAGGAGCGGGACAAAAGGCCGCGGCCGGGGUCGCGGCGAGGGGCGCCCGGCUCGGCCGGGGGCGGCGGCGGCGGCGGCGGCGGCUCGGGCCCCCGGGGCAACGGGCUCAUCCCCAGCCCCGCGCACAGCGCGCACUGCAGCUUCUACCGCACGCGCACGCUGCAGGCCCUGAGCUCCGAGAAGAAGGCCAAGAAGGCGCGUUUCUACCGCAACGGGGACCGCUACUUCAAGGGCCUGCUCUGCGCCAUCUCCAGCGACCGCUUCCGCUCCUUCGACGCGCUGCUCAUCGAGCUCACCCGCUCGCUGUCCGACAACGUGAACCUGCCCCAGGGCGUCCGCACCAUCUACACCAUCGACGGCAGCCGCAAGGUCACCAGCCUGGACGAGCUGCUCGAAGGCGAGAGUUACGUGUGCGCCUCCAACGAACCGUUCCGUAAAGUGGACUACACCAAAAAUAUUAACCCCAACUGGUCUGUGAACAUCAAGGGUGCAGCCAGCCGAACCUGGGGUGCUGCUCCUGCUGUGAAGGCAGAAGUGAAGGAGAGCAAAGAUUUCAUCAAGCCCAAGUUAGUGACUGUGAUCCGCAGCGGGGUGAAGCCCAGGAAGGCCGUGCGGAUCCUUCUCAAUAAGAAGACUGCUCAUUCCUUUGAACAGGUCUUAACCGACAUCACCGAAGCCAUUAAACUCGACUCAGGUGUGGUCAAGAGGCUCUGCACGCUGGAUGGAAAGCAGGUGACUUGUCUUCAAGACUUUUUUGGUGAUGAUGAUGUUUUUAUUGCGUGUGGACCAGAAAAGUUCCGUUAUGCCCAGGAUGACUUUGUUCUGGAUCACAGUGAGUGCCGUGUCUUGAAGUCAUCUUACUCUCGCUCCUCAGCCGUGAGGUACUCUGGAUCCAAAAGCCCGGGCGCCUCCCGCCGCAGCAAAUCACCUGCUUCAGUAAAGCGGGGCGGCCACUGCUCCAGUAUCUACUCGGCCACCAGAUCCCCAGUUAAUGGAACUCCCAGCAGCCAACUUUCUACUCCCAAAUCUACAAAGUCCUCCAGUUCCUCUCCAACAAGCCCAGGAAGUCUCCGAGGAUUAAAGCAGAUUUCUGCACACGGCAGGUCAUCUUCCACUGUAAAUGGGGGACCUGAACUUGAACGCUGCAUGAGUCCUGAAGGCGUGAAUGGAAACAGGUGCUCUGACUCAUCAACUCUCCUUGAGAAAUACAAGAUUGGGAAGGUUAUCGGCGAUGGCAAUUUUGCCGUGGUCAAGGAGUGCAUGGACCGGUCCACUGGAAAGGAGUUUGCGCUAAAGAUAAUAGACAAAGCCAAAUGUUGUGGCAAGGAGCAUCUGAUCGAGAACGAAGUGUCCAUCCUGCGCCGAGUGAAGCACCCCAACAUCAUCAUGCUGGUCGAGGAGAUGGAGACGGCCACAGAGCUCUUCCUGGUGAUGGAGUUGGUCAAAGGAGGUGACCUCUUUGAUGCCAUUACCUCCUCCACCAAGUACACCGAGAGAGACGGCAGUGCCAUGGUGUACAACCUGGCCAGCGCCCUCAGGUACCUGCACGGCCUCAGCAUCGUGCACCGGGACAUCAAGCCGGAGAACCUCUUGGUGUGUGAAUAUCCUGAUGGAACCAAGUCUUUGAAACUGGGAGACUUCGGGCUGGCCACGGUGGUGGAAGGUCCUCUCUACACGGUCUGUGGCACACCGACCUACGUGGCCCCAGAAAUCAUUGCUGAGACUGGCUAUGGCCUGAAGGUGGACAUCUGGGCAGCCGGUGUGAUCACGUACAUCCUGCUCUGUGGAUUCCCACCGUUCCGAAGCGAGAACAAUCUACAGGAAGAUCUUUUUGACCAGAUCUUGGCCGGGAAGCUGGAGUUUCCUGCCCCCUACUGGGACAGCAUCACCGACUCCGCGAAGGAACUGAUCAGCCAGAUGCUUCAGGUCAAUGUCGAGGCCCGGUGCACAGCAGGACAGAUCCUGAGCCACCCUUGGGUGUCGGACGAUGCCCCCCAGGAGAACAACAUGCAGGCAGAGGUGACGGGGAAGCUCAAGCAGCACUUCCAGCACGUGCUCCCAAGGCAGAGCACCACGUCUGGGGUGUCCGUCAUCAUGAACACGGCUCUAGAUAAGGAGGGGCAGAUUUUCUGCGGCAAGCACGGGCCGGACGGCAGCCGACCGGGCGCGGAGUCCACCUCGCCGCCUCCUCCUCCUCCUCCUCCCGCUGCUCCUCUCCCCGCUGGCCCGGCCGGGGAGACCCUGGGGCGCAGGGCCCCCCCUCCCCCUCCUCCAUCUCCUCCUCCUCCUCGCCCGGAGUCCCCCACCCCACCUCGGCCCAGCGAUCGGGCAGGGACGUGGCGCCGCCACCGCGACUGACCAGCCGGCAGACAGGCCGCGCCGUCGAAGCCAUUCUUCCACUCAGGCUAGCCCUCACCCAAGGGCCUUCCUCCAGCGCCUCCACCGGCCGCGCCUCGGUGCAGAGACUCGGAGCGGCCGGGUCCCCUCGCCUGUGCUGUCCGCGCGGCGGACACGUGGAGCACAACCCAACGGACGCCCGAGACUCCUCCCUUAUUUAAGUGGCCCCGGCGGGGCCCCCUUUUCUCUUCCCACUUGGGACUCAGAACUGCGCUGUUCCCUCCCCGAGUGUCCCGGAGCCUCCCACCUGGCUCCGCAGACGGGACGCGAGUAGGCCUGGCG